AUGCAUAUUAUUAUUGUUGAUGGUCAGGCAUAUGCUGCAGCCUGCCAGGGGUUGGGUUGUAUCACAUUACAUUGUACUCAGGAGAUUGUAUCCAUAGAUACCUACUACCUUGCUGCGGAUCAAAUCAAUGUUAGAAUACAGGAUGAAGAUCGGGAUUUUCUUUUCUUUUCUUUCUUUUUUAUUUGUUUAUUUUUCCCGCAUUUGUCUGCGGGGCUGGCUCAGAUGACGGUGGCAUGGCCUCUGAUGCCGUCUCCUAAAUUUGAAACUUUUUUUUCUUUUUCUUUACCUUUCCCAUGCAUCAUCUUGCAUUGCAUAUGCAAGUCAUUAUAUGAAAUGCGGAGAAGGGGGUUGAAAAAGAGUCCUCAAUGCGCGAGAUCUUCGACUCCUUACAUGGAGGGUAAUUAA